GAGGCACAAAAAAAACAGCUGCACACACACCAGUAGGGGCACCAGUUAGCUCGGAAACCAGUACAGACACAACACCGGUAUGGGUGCUGCUAAAGCUGUUAGUUUGACACUCAGAGUCCCCACAGUGUGACUUCUGACACUCCUCUCAGCAUGGAAAACACACCUCAGUCCACGCGCUGCCACUAAAGAAACUUCACACACUUUACACCUCGGAUUAUGGAUUCCUCCACAAACAGUCUGGAUGAGGCAUCGGCAGACAGCAGCGCUGAGUUCACAGACCGAGCCUCCAUGAUGGAGGUGCGUCUCCAGGCGCAGGAGGACGAGAUCACUCUGCUGAAGUCCUCAUUGGCUGAUGCCCUGCGUAGGCUCCGCCUCCAUGACCAGCUCCUCCCAUUACUGAAACAGCAGCUCAUCGCAGUGAACCCAGGUGCUGCUCGAGUGCUGAACCAGGUGUGCUGCUCUGAUGGUUGCACCAGCAGCAAAAGACUGUCCUCCAGCUCAGCCAUGGACGGGAUCGUCCACUCUGUCCCCAGCCAACUGUCAGACAGCAUUGUGACCAAUGCCAAUGGCCACAUAGGAAGUCCAGUGUCCAUGAAGCCGAGACCCAGACCAGCAACACUGGACAGGUCCACCCAGACAGAGUCUAACCUCCCGGGGCAGGACACUGGGCAGGACAGGGUCCCUCUCCCCAGGAGGGUCCAGAGUCUCCAACUGGAGGACGCCCUUCCUCCAGGGGAGCCUGUGGUUGAGGGGACCCGAGGCAAGCUUCACCGCGUCCCCAGCUUGGAAGAGGAGGAUGACGAGCAGGAGGAAGACGAAGAAGGUGGAGCGGAGCCGGAAAAGGAGCUGAGUUGGGCAUCAUCGGUGGAGGAACCCAUCCAGCCCACCACGAUCCGAGGCCUCCAGAGAGAGGACUUCCAGGAUGGGAGCUGCUCUCCAGAGGAUCUGGGCUCUCCCACAGCCUCAGUUAGGACCUCAGACCAGAACCUCGGUCCCCGCUCGGCCCCCCUGUCCCCCAUCCGGGAAGGAGAGAAGAAACAACUGGUUCGUAGAAACAGUGAGAAGCUGGGGAACCCGGAGAGGCAGAGGAAACGUCUGGACAAGAAAGCGGCGUCCUCGGCCAACCUGCUCACCCGCUCCCCCAGCCUGGAGAACCGAGCCAAGGAGCUGGUCGCCAGUGCAGGAUCCCCCGGAUCCAGAAGAGGAACCUACAGCCAAGAACAGUCAAUCAAAAUGUUCAUCCGAGGCCGGCCCAUAACCAUGUACAUCCCCUCUAACAUCCAGAACUACGAAGACCUGAAGAUGGAGCCGCCCUCUGAGAGACUGGAGCUGGACUGGGUCUAUGGUUACCGGGGGCGGGACUGCCGGGCCAACCUGUACUUCCUUCCAACAGGAGAGGCCGUGUACUUCAUUGCCUGCGUGGUUGUGCUUUACCACAUCAACAACCGCACACAACGUCACUAUCGCAAACACACAGAUUGUGUCCGCUGUCUUACUGUCCAUCCUGACAAGGUGCGGGUGGCGUCGGGACAGACAGCAGGCGUGGAUAAAGACGGCAAGCCCCUGCAGCCUUGUGUUCAUAUUUGGGACUCCACCACCCUGGCCACCCUGCAGCAGAUUGGUCUGGGAACCUUUCAGAGGGGAGUGGGAUCUGUUGCAUUUUCUUUUGCUGACUCUGGAGCAUCCCUGUGUGUGAUCGACGACUCUAAUGAACACAUGCUGUCAGUCUGGGACUGCAACAAGGGGACCAAGCAUGCAGAGGUCAAGAGUACCAACGAGGCUGUGUUUGCUGUGGAGUUCAACCCCAGCGACAGCACCAACAUCAUCACCUGUGGUAAAUCCCACGUCUACUUCUGGACGCUCACCGCGGGACAGUUCACCAAGAAACAAGGCAUCUUUGGAAAAUACAAGAAGCCCAAGUUCAUCCAGUGCUUUGUGUUCAGUCUGACUGGAGAUGUUCUGACGGGAGACUCUGAGGGAAACAUCCUGACGUGGGGGAAGUCUGCGGCAGAUGUGAAAACGCUCGGUAAAGGAGCCAAAGAGACCUUCCAGAUCAUGCGACAGACCAGAGCCCAUGAAGGCAGCGUGUUCACCCUGUGCACCCUGCAGGGCGGCGCUCUGCUCAGUGGAGGAGGCAAAGACCGUAAAAUCAUCCGCUGGAGCGCCGACCUGGCACCCGAGAGAGAGUGUGAGAUUCCAGAAAAUUUUGGAGCAGUGCGUACCAUUGCAGAUGUGGAUGGGGAGGAACUGUUAGUUGGUACGACCCGUAACGCCAUCCUCAGAGGAACCUUCUCAGACGGAUUUGUGGCCAUAGUACAGGGUCAUGUAGAUGAGAUGUGGGGACUGGCUACACACCCCUCUCAGAACAUCUUCCUCACCUGUGGCCACGACAAACAGGUGUGUUUGUGGAAAACAGAGGAACACAAGCUGGACUGGACCAUCACCCUGGAGGAGUACGGGUUGUGUGCUGAUUUCUGUCCGAAUGACUCCGUGGUUUCAGUCGGCCUCAGCACAGGAAGGUGGAUGGUCCUUGACCUGCGGACCAGUGAGGUGGUGUCUGAGUCCACUGAUGGCAACGAGCAGCUGUCUGUCAUGAGAUACUCACCAGAUGGCAACUUUUUAGCUGUUGGGUCCCAUGACAACUUCAUCUACAUCUACAAUGUGACAGAGAGCGGCCGGCGCUACACCCGCUGCGGGAAAUGUAACGGUCACUCCAGCUUCAUAACUCACCUGGAUUGGUCCAAAGACGGAAAGUACAUCAUGUCCAAUUCAGGAGACUAUGAGAUCCUUUACUGGGACAUAGCAGCAGGCUGUAAACUGUUGAGGAAUCGCUUCGAGAGCAAAGACAGAGAAUGGGCGUCCUACACCUGUGUGCUGGGCUUCCAUGUCAUGGGUGUGUGGCUGGAGGGCUCUGACGGCACAGACAUCAACGCUCUUUGUCGCUCUCACAGUGAGAGGGUGGUGGCUGUGGCUGAUGACUUCUGUAAAGUCCACCUCUUCCAGUACCCCUGUCCUAAACCCAAGGCUCCGAGCCACAAGUACGAGGGCCACGGCAGCCACGUCACCAACGUCUGCUUCACCCACAGCGACUCCCACCUCCUCUCCAUGGGCGGGAAGGACACCUGCAUCCUCCAGUGGAGGGUGAUGUGGGGCGGGGCGGCCGACGGCAGGGACAGACUGGCCUCGGCCUCGUCCACCUCCACCAGCUCUCCAGAACCGGCCACCAGCUAGGAAAGGACACGCACUAUUAAGAGUGACGGAGGGGAAGUGUUUACACAGCCAGAGAGGCGUGUGAGUCAGUGGACGGCAGCCACAGCUCUGGGAUCAGCCGGGCCUCUGCUGCCUCACUUUCACACAGAACAUGUAGAGCAGGCAUGUCCAAACUAUUCCACAAAGGGCCGUGUGGCUGCAGGUUUUCGUUUCAACCAAGCAAAGAUACUAGCCUGGGUAUACCCAGACUGCCUUGCGCACUCAAAUUUCAUUUCGAACCUCAAGACCUCAAGAAAACUCAAAAAUUUGUUCCCAGAAAUAGCCUGACACCAACUAGUUUGCUGUUAGUAUUUGACCAGUACACUCUGGAAUUGCUAAGGGGAAAAACUAUGUCAUGGGAGGUGUAUUGCUCAGGACUCAAGGAAUCGCAGCGUCCAGUGUGAAGUUCUUUGGAUAAGCAGUUCUCGAGAAACCUGCAAGCAGCAAAGCUGGAGGCAAUCAGCAAUCUACUGGGUCUGAACAGGCAUGUUGUGAAGGGGCACUGCACUAGUGUCUCCUCACCACCAGGUUGGACUUUAUACCCACACAUCACAGCUGUGAAAAAAGACAACACAACGAUUACAGUUGACAGACAGGUUGUACCCUAAACAUUAUAUUUUAGCUCAUCACCAGUUCUAACUCCCUGUUAAAACCAGAAUCUCCUUUUCUUGAGGGUGGGUUGCCACUAGAGGUCACUUAAUAUCCUCAUUGGAUCACAGAGGAUCCUUAGCCUGGGUAUACCCAUACUGCCUUGCGCGCUCAAAUUUCAUUUCGAACCUCCAUCCAGUCUGGAAACCAGGAAGCUUUCUUAGCCCUGUUUUAGGGAUCCAAUCACAGAGCGGGGAGGGACGGCAAGACGAUGACGCGUACUACUCGACACUUGGAAGCUUGUAGUUUUCUUACGGAUCCAACAUGGCUGCUGCAGACGCAAAACUCUCUUUAGCUGUAGAUGGUGUUUUAAAUAGUUUAGAGCGAACGUUGAAAGGCAAAAGGUCUCUGGGCGGCUCCGCUGUCCCCCGGCUUGGUUCCCUAUACUCUUCCCUCUUUUUUAACCCUAUAAAGCCAAGUGUUUUACAUUUGAUACACAAGUUUUUGAGACCUCUGCAUCAUCAGUGUGAUAUUUUUUUUCCUGAUAAACCUGAUGUAUACAUGUGUUGAAGAUUUUAAAAAAAUUGAGCAACAAAUUGCACAAAAAUACCAGAUGUAUCAAAAAUGAUAUGCAGGUUCCACUGGUGGAUCAGUCAUUGCUACAUGAAAACUUCAUAUCAGCAGAUGUACGAUGUUGUGUUAUAUGGAAAAAAAUAUUUUGCAUGUUUGAGGAAAAUGUUAAAAGGAAAUUCAAAGUUUUAGGAUAAUAGGAUAAAAAUGUUAGGUUUUAUAUGUUUUUGUUAGUUCAAGAAAACAAACUGAAAGCAAAAAAUUGCACAAAAAGACCUGAUGUGUCAAAUAUGAUACAAAUUACAAUUCAUGUAUGCAAAUUGAUAUUGAUUUUUUUCUAAUUUGUCAGCAGGUUCACUAAUCAU